UUACGGACUCUAGUCACUGUCUCAUCACCAUGAAGACUGUUCCGGCACUGUUCCUCGUCCUCGUAGCGGUGGCUUCUGCGACCAAAACGCACCAGAAACGAUCCACCACCUAUUCGGCUAAUCUGAACGACUAUGUCGACGAAGUGGUAGAAACUCUGCAGGCGUAUGUCAGUGCAAGUAGUCUUGAGCCACUAUCAAUUCCGAACGUCACGGAAUCCUUCUCCGUGACACACCUGUUGAUCACCUUGAGCGGACGCCUUUCGCUGUACGACGGAGAGAUGACUGGUUUGUCGUCAGUGAAACGUUACGGCGACGUAAAUCUUGGAUACGAUGGAGAAACUCUAAGUUUCGAUGCUAACAUGGGCGUCGACGUAGCAACGGCCGCUUACACGUACUACGCGAAACUUUUGGGCAGUCUUCAUGAGACUGGAACCGCAACGGUAACCUUCAAAAAGAUCGACACCACCGUGGGCUUCAGCGCAAACGUGCACAAUUACACAAUCGCUUUCGAUUCUUUUGCGGUCAACAGCAUCGGAACAUCCUCUGCCGAGCUGAGUGGCAACGUGCUGACUGACUGGAUUGCCGACGCCGUUGCUGACAUCCUCUUAGCAGUCUCCAAGAGCAGCAUCAUCAGCCAGAUCAACAGCGAAGCUGAUUCGGUAUUGUCGUCCAUCGUCGACGAAGCAAACGCCUACGUGACUUCACUGCUUUCCUAGAUUUAUACGAAUGAAUAUUGUUGAUUGAGACGUUUUACACCGCCGAACUUGUGUGAAAAUUUUGACGAUGCUGUCAUCUUAAAUACAUCGUCUCUUUCUCGUUCACGAACCUCUACAACGCAUUGCUAUUGAA